UUUUGCGAGAAAAACUUAAUAAUUUGCUCUUGUGUAGACUUGCAGUAAUCGUUUACGUACACAAUUUACGGUUCAGUCCAAAGUGUCCUGUAGCCUAGCUUGCUAAAGUGAGGUACCGGAGGACAUGGCUGCCAGCCACGGAGUAGUUUACUUUCUGAAAGAUGACCCAUACUCUGUCUGCCUUGGAUUGGCUCUCGUUUCAUAACAAUUAACCUGUUUUUGCUCUUUAUUUACUUUAGAAAAGAAAGCACGUGGAUCCUAUAGAGCUCCAGGUCGAGGCUGCUCAUUUGUCGUUUGGCAUAAGCGAUUGAAAAUGUCUUCUAAUCAGCAAUCAGUAGUACAGCACUGCCAACUUUUCCUAUAUUGACUUUUCAAUCAGCAAUAGUAGUAAACAGAGCUUCCUCCUCCUUUCCUCAACAACAGAAAGCAAGCCCACCUACCAUUUCCAUGGCCGAACCUGUGCUUGCUUCCUUGAUCCAUGGCAUAGGCUCCCUGCUUAGCAGCAGAGUGACCGCCCAUGGCCGGAGCCUCUGGGCCGUCGGCCGCGACGUUGGCUGGCUCCGUGAUGAGCUCCACAGCAUGCAGCUCUUCCUCCACGAGAUGGAGGUCUGCAGCACUGAUGGCAGCAGCGUGGCCACGGAAGCAUGGAUCGACCAGAUGAGGGACAUCAUGCUCGACUCGGAGGACGCCGUCGACAUCUUCGACGCUGGCCAGGUACGAGGUGUUCUUGAUAAGCUGAGAUCACGGCACGACGUCGGGGCUCGGAUCAGGCGUAUCCGUGCUCAGCUGAGCGACAUCUCCCGUCGCCGGUUGGAGUAUGCAGUUGAAAGGCCUAGAGAGUCAACCGAUAAAUGGAUUCAUGGCCUUUUAGCCUCAAGUCCUCUGGUUCAUGACAGAGAUAUUGUUGGUCUGGAUAGAGAUCUGGAUGUGUUGCUUCAACAUAUCUUGGAUGGGGGCUUGGAGCUAACUGUUGAAUCCUUGGUGGGCAUGGGAGGUGUUGGGAAGACCACACUGGCCAAGAGAAUGUACAACAACCCAGAUGUGAAGAAGCAUUUUAACUGCUGCUCAUGGAUCUACGUGUCGAAAACGAUGGAGCUACGCGGUGUCCUCUGUGAGAUGGUCAAGGGGCUGACGGGGAUCCCCUCUGCGGAGGCGAGCUCUCUCGGCGAGAGGCAGCUCCAAGAAUUGCUCUUGAGCGGCCUUGACGGUAAGAGCUUCCUGCUGGUGUUUGAUGAUGUCUGGGACAGAGGGCUCUGGGACAUCAUCAAGCUGGUUCUGCCCAGAAACUGUAGCGGGAGCCGCGUGCUUCUGACGACCCGUAAUGCCGUUGUGGCUGGCUCUGUCGUAGGCGCAAAGAGCAAUGUCCAUCGGCUUCAGCCAUUGUCAUUUGAAGAUUCAUGGAAACUGUUCUGUAAGAAGGCAUUCUUGCAAGAUGGGAUAUGUCCGGAUGGUCUAAAGGAAACCGCCAAGGACAUUGUGAAGAAGUGCGUUGGUUUACCCCUUGCUAUUGUUGCUGCAGGGAGUAUGAUGUCCGGGAAAGAACAAACAGAUACCGAGUGGAAAAGUGUCCUGGCAAGCAUUCAGAAGGACCUAAGCAACGGUCAAAUGGGAAUUCAGCAAACUCUCCUCUUAAGUUAUAGGGACCUCCCAGACCCUUUGAAGCCAUGUUUUAUGCUACUCUCUGUCAUCCCAUAUGACUCACAGAUCUCCCGAAAGAAACUAGUUCGAUUAUGGAUUGCCGAAGGGUUUGUGAAGGAAAAAUAUGAUGAGACUCUUGAAAUGACUGCAGAGAAGUACCUCAUGGAGCUCAUCAACAGAAGCAUGAUAGAAGUGGCAACAGCAAGCAGCAGCGGGAGAGUAAAAGCUUGCAGAGUCCAUGAUCUUCUUCACGAUCUUGCCAUCUCAAUGUCUGAAAAUGAGAGAUAUUCCAUCAUCUGCACUGAUAAAGUUCCAAGCGUUAGUGCUCGGCGCAUAUCAUUGCAAACAUCUAAUGUAUCAUUCAGUAAUGAACACAAGAAAAGGUUGCGGUCUGUUUUCAUGUUCAGCAACAGUGCACCAACUGCAAUUAAAGGCAAAGUUAUAGCAAGGAACUUUGGGCUGGUAAGAAUUUUGGAUCUUGAAGAUGGUAAUGUGCUAAAACUUCCGAAAGAGAUAGGAGGCCUACUUCAUUUGAGAUACCUUGGAUUAAGGGGAACGAAGUUGAAGAAGCUCCCAAAAACAUUGCACAAGCUCUAUCAUUUGCAAACUCUUGAUAUCAGGAGGACUCGGAUAAAGAAAAUCACGUUUCAAAUCAAAUAUUUGGAAAAUCUACGACAUCUAGAGAUGAAACAAAAUGACCAAAGCAUCCAUGUCCCUAUUGGACUUGCCCAGCUUGACAAACUCCAGAUGUUGACUGGUUUGCAGGCAAGCACAGCUGUGGUCUGUGAGAUUGCAAGCCUUACCCAGCUUAAGAAGCUUUCUAUAAAGGAUUUAAACAGUGAAGAUGCCAAAGAGCUAUGCUCUUCUGUCAACAAUAUGAAGGAACUAUCAUACCUAUCCAUCUUCCCUAGCGAUGGCACCAGGCCACUUGACCUUGCAAUGUUGAAACCUUCUUCAUGUCUACAGAAGUUGCACCUAGCUGGAUCUUUGCAGGCAUUGCCGGAUUGGUUCCCUCAACUAAUCAACCUUACAAAGCUGCGUUUGAGUUUCUCACAGCUGCAAGAUGACCCUCUUUCAGUUCUUGUUCGAUUGCCUAAUCUUCUGUUCCUCCAGCUGAACAAUGCAUACAAGGGGAAAGUAAUGAGAUGCUGCUGUUCAGGUUUUUUAAAGCUGAGAAUCUUUAUCAUAACUGAACUUGAGGAACUGGAGGAGUGGGCUGUUGACGAAGGAGCCAUGCCAUGUGUCCAAGAAGUGUGGAUCAUGUCAUGUGCAAAGCUCACAGCAAUUCCUGUUGGGUUCCAGUCACUUGCUACAUUGCAGAGGUUGAGAUUGGUGGGCAUGCCAAGCUCUUUUCUUGGUAGAUUGGGGGAUCGUGGUGAUGAUUUUUUUAGGGUCAAACACAUUCCAUCUAUCCAGAUCAUUCAACAGUUUGGGUAGCACCUAAGAGUUUCUUUUCUUUUCUCCUCCCACUAUCUUCCCCACUCUGGUGCUUUUCCCACGUGCAAUGCUUUCCCUUUGUGGUCAGCAGCAACUCAGAUUCCUUGCUGAUCCAUCUGCUGUUCCCCUCAAACUAAGUGAUUUAAAUUUUUGGCACGCUUAUAUGUAAACUAUUAACUGCGCAAACGUAUUGCAGAGAA